AUGGAUUGUCACCUCUCCAUCCUCCUUCUUCUCAGCUGCUCCGCUCUAAAGUGCUCCGGGGAACUGACUCUCCAGCCUUCCAAUGAAGUCAAUUUACUGGAUUCAAAAACCAUUCAAGGGGAGCUGGGCUGGAUCUCCUAUCCAUCACAUGGGUGGGAAGAGAUCAGUGGUGUUGAUGAACAUUACACACCCAUCCGGACUUACCAGGUGUGCAAUGUCAUGGAUCACAGUCAAAAUAAUUGGCUGAGGACAAACUGGGUCCCCAGGAACUCAGCUCAGAAGAUCUAUGUGGAGCUAAAGUUCACUCUUCGGGACUGCAAUAGCAUUCCAUUGGUUUUGGGAACUUGCAAGGAGACUUUCAAUCUGUACUACAUGGAGUCUGAUGAUGAUCAUGGAGUCAAAUUCCGAGAACAUCAGUUUACAAAGAUUGACACCAUUGCAGCUGAUGAAAGUUUCACGCAAAUGGAUCUCGGGGACCGUAUUCUUAAACUCAACACUGAGGUUAGAGAAGUAGGUCCUGUCAACAAAAAGGGAUUUUAUUUGGCUUUUCAAGAUGUUGGUGCAUGUGUUGCCUUAGUGUCUGUGAGAGUGUACUUCAAAAAGUGCCCGUUUACAGUGAAGAAUCUGGCUAUGUUUCCAGACACAGUACCCAUGGAUUCCCAAUCUCUGGUGGAAGUUAGAGGCUCUUGUGUUAACAAUUCUAAGGAGGAAGAUCCUCCUAGGAUGUACUGCAGUACAGAAGGUGAAUGGCUGGUACCCAUUGGCAAGUGUUCCUGCAAUGCUGGCUAUGAAGAAAGAGGUUUCAUGUGUCAAGCUUGUCGACCAGGUUUCUACAAGGCUUCAGACGGUAAUAUGAAGUGUGCUAAGUGUCCACCUCACAGUUCUACUCACGAAGAUGGUUCAAUGAACUGCAGGUGUGAAAACAAUUACUUCCGAGCAGACAAAGACCUUCCAUCCAUGGCUUGUACCCGACCUCCAUCUGCACCGAGAAAUGUGAUAUCUAAUAUAAACGAGACCUCGGUUAUCCUGGACUGGAGUUGGCCCCUGGACACAGGAGGCCGGAAAGAUGUUACCUUCAACAUCAUAUGUAAAAAAUGUGGGUGGAAUGUAAAACAGUGUGAGCCGUGCAAUCCAAAUGUCCGCUUCCUCCCUCGACAGUUUGGACUCACCAACACCACGGUGACAGUGACCGACCUCCUGGCACACACUAACUACACCUUUGAGAUCGACGCCGUUAACGGGGUGUCAGAGCUGAGCUCACCACCAAGGCAGUUUGCUGCAGUCAGCAUCACGACUAACCAGGCUGCUCCAUCACCCGUCAUGACGAUUAAGAAAGAUCGGACAUCCAGAAACAGCAUUUCUUUAUCCUGGCAAGAACCUGAACACCCUAAUGGGAUCAUAUUGGACUAUGAGGUCAAAUACUACGAAAAGCAGGAACAAGAAACAAGUUAUACGAUUCUCAGGGCACGAGGCACUAAUGUUACCAUCAGUAGCCUCAAGCCUGAUACUACAUAUGUAUUCCAAAUCCGAGCCCGGACCGCAGCUGGAUAUGGGACCAACAGUCGCAAGUUUGAGUUUGAAACUAGUCCAGACUCUUUCUCCAUCUCUGGUGAAAAUAGCCAGGUGGUAAUGAUUGCCAUUUCAGCGGCGGUAGCAAUUAUUCUCCUCACAGUCGUCACCUAUGUUUUGAUUGGGAGGUUCUGUGGCUAUCAUAAGUCGAAACACGGUGCUGAUGAAAAAAGACUUCAUUUUGGGAAUGGACACUUAAAACUUCCAGGUCUCAGGACUUAUGUUGACCCACACACAUAUGAGGACCCUACCCAAGCAGUUCAUGAAUUUGCUAAGGAAUUGGAUGCCACCAACAUAUCCAUUGACAAAGUUGUUGGAGCAGGUGAAUUUGGAGAGGUGUGCAGCGGCCGUUUAAAACUUCCUUCAAAAAAAGAGAUUUCAGUGGCCAUCAAGACCCUAAAAGUGGGCUACACAGAAAAGCAGAGGAGAGACUUCUUAGGCGAAGCAAGCAUUAUGGGACAAUUUGACCAUCCCAAUAUCAUUCGACUGGAGGGAGUUGUUACUAAAAGUAAACCUGUUAUGAUUGUCACAGAAUACAUGGAGAAUGGUUCCUUGGACAGUUUCUUACGUAAACAUGAUGCCCAGUUUACAGUUAUCCAGCUGGUAGGGAUGCUUCGAGGCAUAGCAUCUGGCAUGAAGUAUCUCUCAGACAUGGGCUAUGUUCACCGAGACCUUGCUGCUCGCAACAUCUUGAUCAACAGUAAUUUGGUGUGUAAGGUUUCUGAUUUUGGACUUUCACGGGUUCUAGAAGAUGACCCAGAAGCUGCUUACACAACAAGAGGAGGGAAGAUCCCAAUCCGGUGGACAUCACCAGAAGCCAUAGCCUACCGCAAAUUCACAUCAGCCAGCGAUGUGUGGAGUUAUGGGAUUGUUCUCUGGGAGGUGAUGUCUUACGGAGAGAGACCAUACUGGGAGAUGUCCAAUCAGGAUGUAAUUAAAGCGGUGGAUGAAGGCUAUCGACUGCCACCUCCCAUGGACUGCCCAGCUGCGUUGUAUCAGCUGAUGCUAGACUGCUGGCAGAAAGACAGAAACAACAGACCCAAGUUUGAGCAGAUUGUCAGCAUUCUGGACAAGCUUAUCCGGAACCCAGGCAGUCUGAAGAUCAUCACAAGUGCAGCAGCAAGGCCAUCAAACCUUCUCCUGGACCAAAGUAACAUUGACAUUACUACCUUCCGCACAACAGGUGACUGGCUUAACGGUGUCCGAACAGCACAGUGCAAGGAAAUCUUCACAGGCGUAGAGUACAGUUCUUGUGACACCAUAGCCAAGAUUUCUGCAGACGACAUGAAAAAGGUCGGUGUCACUGUGGUUGGGCCACAGAAGAAGAUCAUCAGUAGUAUUAAAGUUCUAGAAACACAAUCCAAGAAUAGUCCAGUCCCAGUGUAA